CAAAGAUGACACAACACUAUACAUAUCUUGGACUGACACUAGACACACUUUCAACAUUCAACACAUGUUCAAACUUGUAUACAUAUCUUGGACUUACACUUGAUGCACUUUCAACAUUCAACACAUGUUCAAACUUGUAAAGCAACUUCUGAGUUCAGCAGCGUUUCCUGAGAAUCAAUCUUUCAUUUGAACUGACUGAAUAACAGCAGAUGAGAGUUUAGAUGACUGACUGUUAUUCUUCUCAUUCUCACGUCUAACUCUUCCUGGUAGAAGUGAAAGAAAUAUCAGAGCUGCUGUUCAACACAACACUUCAGAGGAAGACAAAGACAGAUGUACAAACACUGAGCAGUCAGUGAAGAAAGAUGGCAUCUGUUAAACAACUGCUUUAUGACACACUGGAUGACCUGGAAGAAGAACAUUUGAAGAGAUUUAAGAGCUUCUUAAGAGAAGAUGGACCUAUUCCUGCUUCUGUACUGGAGAAGGCUAAUGCAACAGACACAGUGGAUCAGAUGCUGGAUCGUUUUGGACCAGAAGGAGCUGUGAAGAUCACACUGGAUAUCCUGAAAAAGAUUAACCAGAACAAUCUUGCUGAACAGUUAGAGAACAAACACAAGGAAGUCAAGACCAUCAGCUGUGCUCAGACUGGAUCUGAUCUGAAUACUGAAACAGCCUUUUUAACAGAGGAUUUAAUGCUGCAGAAAUUCUUGCAAAUUCACAAAACAAACAUGAAGAAGAAAGCAAAGUGUAUUUUUGAGGGCAACAAAGAAAAUGACACAGAUCUCAAGACUGUUUACACAGAGCUGUUCAUCACAGAGGGAGAGAUGGAAGAUGUCAAUCACGAACAUGAGAUUCUGAAGAUUGAUGAUGCUUUCAUGAACAAAAAAACACAAGACAAACCAAUCAAAUGCAAUGAUAUAUUUACUGAACUGAGGAAAAACAAUGAGGAGAAGAUUGUGCUGACCAAGGGAGUCGCUGGCAUCGGAAAAACUGUCUCUGUGCACAAGUUCAUCCUGGACUGGGCAGAAGAAAACACCAAUCAGGAUAUAGAGUGUGUAUUCCUGCUUCCAUUCAGAGAGAUCAACAUGAUUAAAGACAGAGAGGUCAAUCUCCAUGAGUUUCUGCUGAAAUUUUAUCCUGAAUUGAAGGACCUGGAGAAAUCAAAGUUAUAUAACGAAUGUAAGCUAGCAUUUAUAUUUGAUGGACUUGAUGAGAGUCGACUGCCAUUGAACUUUAAAAGCGAAAUACUGGACACUGUUGAGAAAAGAGCAUCUGUAGAUGUGCUGUUUACAAGUCUGGUCAAAGGUAAGCUGCUUCCAUCAGCUCUUGUCUGGGUGACAUCACGACCAGCAGCAGCCAAUCAGAUCCCUCCUCGGUGUGUGGGUUUGUUCACAGAAGUGCGAGGAUUCACUGACCAACAGAAGGAGCA